CUAAAAAAAUUUCUUUAAGUUUUUAUAAGUAUAUAUUUGUCUUGCAAUUUUAUCUUCAUAGCAUUCUAAUUUCAAUUUCCAAUGGCUAGAGGAAGAAAAAUAAAUGAGUUUGUAACAUUUGUGUUUAUGCUUUUAUGCUUGAAGAGUUAUUAUUGUGUUAAUGGAGAAUCAAAAGUUCCUUGUUAUUUCAUUUUUGGAGACUCGUUGGUCGAUAGCGGAAACAACAACGACCUCGCCACGUCCGCUAAAGUCAAUUAUCCACCCUACGGGAUUGACUUUCCAGACGGCCCGACUGGAAGGUUUACCAAUGGUCGGACCACCGCUGAUAUAAUUGGGGAAUUCAUGGGGUUUGACAACUUCAUUCCACCAUUUUCAAGUGCUAAUGAUUCGGAAAUACUCAAAGGGGUGAACUAUGCAUCCGGUUCCGCAGGAAUUCGACCGGAGACCGGCAAGCAGUUGGGCGAGAACAUCGACUUGGAGAAACAGUUGCAACGUCAUCAAGAGACCAUAUCAAAGAUAGUUAAGAUCCUAGGAAGCAAAGAGGCAGCUACGAAACUCCUAAACAAAUGCUACUAUUCAUUUGUAAUCGGAAAUAACGAUUACAUCAACAACUAUUUCGUGCAUGAAUUCUUCAAUACAAGCCUUGAGUACACACCUCAGGAAUACGCUCAAGCUCUUAUACAAGACUAUUCUCAACAUAUUAUGGCAUUGUACAAAACUGGCGCAAGAAAAAUGGGUUUGACAGGAAUUGGUCCCAUAGGGUGCACACCAUAUGCCAUGAACCACCAGAACACACACGGCUCGUUAUGCGUAGACUCGAUGAACCAGGCGGCUAACUUUUUCAACCAACGGCUGAAAUCACUGGUAGAUGAACUCAACAACAAUCUAACCGAUGCCAAAGUUGUCUACUUGAACACCUACAGCAUCCUUUCAGAUUAUGUUGCUUCUCCAGCUUUGAAGAUUAAAAUCAACGGUUGCUGCGAAGCAAAUGAGUUUGGUCUAUGCGUACCUUAUGACUUGCCAUGUGAGCAUAGGAAUUUGAAUAUAUUUUGGGAUUCAUAUCACCCUUCUGAAAUUGCCAAUAGGAUCGGUUCAAGAUUAGCUUAUUUAUCUUUAUGGAGAAUCUUGUUUCUCAACUUAAAAAUGGCUUUUCUAAUUAAAUAUUUAUUAGCCUUUUUUCUAUUGAUGAUUAUAUUACCUAACUCUAAAAUAUUUUGUAAUGGAGCUCCACAAGUUCCUUGCUAUUUCAUUUUUGGAGAUUCAUUAGUUGAUGGAGGCAACAAUAACAACCUUAACACAACUUCUAAAGUUAAUUACUCUCCCUACGGUAUCGACUUCCCCAACGGUCCGACCGGAAGGUUCACCAAUGGCCGUACCGUAGCCGACAUAAUCGGUCAAAAUUUGGGGUUUGACACUUUCAUUCCACCCUUUGCAAAUGUCCUAGACUCUGAAGUGUUGAAAGGCGUCAAUUACGCUUCUGGAUCAGCAGGAAUUCUAUUUGAAACUGGCAAACACGCGGGUCAAAAUAUAGAAUUUGAUCAACAGCUGAGAAAUCAUGAAGUGAUAAUGUCAAGAAUAGCUAGGUUAUAUGGAAAUAGCACUGCAUUAGCAGCUCAGCAUUUGAAUAAAUGUCUCUAUAUUUCUUCAAUUGGAAGUAAUGAUUACAUUAACAACUUCUAUUUGCCCAAUUUUUUCAAUUCAAGCAAAAUCUAUACCCCUGCUCAAUUUGCUGAUGUCCUCAUUAAGCAAUAUUCUCUGCAAUUACAGCAAUUGUACAACUUAGGAGCAAGGAAGAUUGGUGUAGCUUCAGUAUCCAGCAUAGGGUGCACACCAAAUGCGACUGCGUUUUAUGGGACACAGGGCAGCAUUUGUGUGGAUCACAUGAACUCUGCAGCAAAUAUUUUCAACAGAAGGCUUACAUCAAUUAUAGCUAGGCUUAACCUUGAACUUGAAGGUGCAACAUUUAUCCAAAUGGGUUCAUUAGGGUUUCGAAUUGGAACCAAGAUUCCUGGUAUAGAUUUUAAACCUAGUUCAUGCUGCGAUUUAAAUGAAUAUGGACUCUGUGUAGUAAACAGAAAUACAUGCAGAAUGAGAAAUUUGAUCAUAUUUUGGGAUGGAUUUCACCCGACUCAAAUUGCUAACAAGAUUCUUGGAGCUGCUGCUUACUUAAUUUUGCAGACUAUUUUGUAAAUUUUUUUAAUUGUUCAGUCAUAAACUCCUUUGUAUUAUUAGCUUAAUUUUGAGCUAAUUCAAUCAAUAAGAAUUAAUUACUGCUUCAUAA